AUGAGCAUUCAUUCACUGUCAAGUAGUAGUCUUAGUUUAGACAAACCAUCUACAUCAAGUAGCAUGAGUAGUGGUGGACCGGAAUCAGAACCAAUACUUCCCAAGAUGGUUCGUUGGGCAUCUCCGCCUGUAUCAAGAGUAGUAGUUACACCUACCCUUUACCCAGCACCCAAACAAGGUAAUGGCAAUACCCGGGAUUUAUAUAGAAAGUUAAGAGAAGACUAUAUUUUAGAAGGUCGUAGAGGGAUGAAGAAAACCAUCGGUAGGAAGAAACCUAAAGUUAUCGAAGAAGCAGAAAUUAAACAAGAAGCAUUACAUACGCCUGCCCUUUCACAAUUUAUUAAUUUUCUACAGGUUGUCUUCUACUAUUUAUUUCAAUUGACAAGGCUGAUUAAUAUUAAAGCCGUGGUAGAAAUCUUUACACUUCCAGUUCUUCCUAAAGGGCCAUUUGCAAUUCCCGGAACCUACCUCGAAGAAGAGAAAAUCGACACUGGUAGGCAACAACUGAUAAUACGAAGCUUCAUCCGCAUUCAACAAAACUAUAUUUCAACCAUCAGAAUCUAUGGAGAGAUGGUAACCUUGAAUUUUUCGUCAAUGAUAGGAAAAUAUCCUCAAGAGAAACAAUUGGAGUUGAAAGCAACGGAGGUUGAGGAUAGGUUUUCACAUCUUUGGAAUCUUGUGAUAUCAAUUGAAUCCUCAGUACUUGACAAAUAUAAUCAGGAGGAUUUUGAAGAGUUUUGCAAUAUGAUGAAUUAUUGGACAACAGAUGUGCGCGAUAUUUAUAUGUAUUUAAAUGGAUGUCAGGCCAUCUUCAACGAUUUUUAUCUUGAAUUAUCCCAACAACCUGGAAUUGAUUUCUUGGUACUUGAAAUCUUUCGAUACGAAUUGAUGCAGAUUAAAGAACAUCCUUCCCAAGUGCAAGCCAUGUUGGAAAAGUUGCAAACCACUUUUAAAAAUCCAUCUGAGUUAUGGAAACAAAUAUCAACACAAUCAAAUGUGAUCUUGGAACUUUCGUCUCAGUUUCAUAUGGAUCAACUGGUUCUUACCUCCGUCGUGGAAGAAUUGAUAUCUGAAGAAAAUCAAAUCUCUGACGAGACCCAACGAAAGUGGUCGGCUACCAAUACCUUAAGACCCAGUACAGGUGCAUUUUGUCAUUCGCCAGAUUCGAAAAGAACUACAUCUUCUUCCAAGAACCCCCCCUCAGAUUAUUAUCGUACUUGGCCAACAACUUCAGGAGAGCCUUUCCUGAUAGAAACUGUUUGGCAAUCAGAUAUCAAGGAUCCAUGGAUAUUUCACAAGAAUCAAAAUACAUUUGACGAAUCGAAUCCAUGGGAUCAUGGUAGCUUUCCGAUUUCGGUAGAGAGUAGUUGUUUCGUGACUAUGGAUGAUGAAUCAAGAUAUGUGCUUGCAGGUCUGAAGUCGGGUAUAUUUAUGACAGUUGAAGGUGGCUAUUGGAAGAAUAUGAUUCCAUUCAAAGCAAUGACAGUAGAAUUACUUACGUUUGAAGAUAUAUUAGUUGUUAGAAGAGAUAAAAUUAUUGACCUAUAUUCAAUCCAAAAAUUGAUCAAUAAUUAUGAAAACAACCAAACUACUACAGGUCAACAUAUGCGCUUAACUAAGAAAGCUCAAUUUAUGUCAAUAGGAUAUUUAAAUGAUUUUCAAUUUAUAGCAUACGGUAAAAAGAAAUUCUCCAAAUCUGCAUUAUCUCAAGGUUAUCAAUUCUGUACUGCCACUGCAUUCAGUUCUCAAAAUGGCGGAAUUACAUUAGUCGAAUGUCCUGAAUAUUUUGUUGCUAAGCAAUGUAAUGGGGUUCAAUAUUUGAACGAUCUAUUUAUUGUGAAUACAACCUAUGAUUUCCUAGCACUUAGACUUGAAAAUUUUGCCGCUUUAGAAAUCCCUCUACUUAAAGGAGCACCCGCAUUUUGGAAUCCAUUAAGAUCUACUUCCAAGCCAAUUGGGGUAUUCACCUUACCGAAUAAGGAAAAUGAAUAUAUGUUUGUCUAUGAAUUAUUUGCUGUGUUUGUGAAUGCAGCUAUGCAAUUCAAUAGUGAUAAAUAUGUUACUUUCCCUAAUAACUUGAAAAGCAUUUUUGAGAAGGAUGGAUAUUUCUUUUGUGUUUAUGAGAGGAAGAUGGAGAUUUGUAAGAUUGAUCCAUAUUGCAAACUGGUUCUAAUUGUCAAGCAGGUCGUUAAUGAUCCAAAUCUUGUUGUUCUUGAUAAAGAGAAUUUGAUAUUUAGAAAGAGGCAAACGGAAAUUUUCCAAAUGAAGUUGAAAGAAUAG